CUUGCAUUGCUAUCGUGUCGACAUUUCUGGCGGACCUCACAAAGUUUUGAUGUUUCUAUUUUGAUUUUGAAUGUGUUUUCUCGUUUGGGGCCUUGGUCCUUGGAUAGUUGAUAAUAUUUGUAAGGACUAAUGAAUUAAUUCUAAAAACGAAAACUUUUACCAAGAAUAUUAGAAAAGGGAGCUGGCCGGGGAGGAGGGGCGGGACCUGGUAGCGGCCGCCGACCGCCGGCUGCCGCCCGCCGUCGGUGACGGCGCCGCGGUGUUCGCGCUGCUCGAGGCCACCCUGAACGCCACGGAGCCGGCGGCGGCGUGCCGGAGCCGCGCCGCGCUCGGCGGCUGGUGCCUCUGGUGCGCGCUGGUCAGCGUCGACGCCGACUCGGUGCUCUGGAAGGCCGGCUCGGAUGGCAGCAAGGAGGUGUGCCUGGACCGGCUGCCGGACGCCGACGGGCCGCGCCGCUGCCGCGUCAUCUCGGUCGGCAUCAACAACGACUUCAGCUUCGACCUGGCGGCGGCGCGGCUCGGCUGCCGCGUGGACGCCUUCGACCCGACCAUGGAGCGGCCGGACGGCUGGGUGGCCGAGCGGCUGCGCUUCCACGGCGUGGGUCUGGCGGCGGCCGCCGGGCCGGCGACUGUCGGCGGCCGGCCGGUGCCGCUGGACACGCUGGACGGCCUGCUGCGGCGCGCCCAGCUGGCCCGCGGCCCGGUCGACUACCUGAAGCUGGACAUCGAGGCGGCCGAGUGGACGGUGCUGGAGGCGCUGCUGUCGGCCGGCGGCGGCGCGCUGCGCCGGGUCCGCCAGCUGACGGUCGAGCUGCACCUGUACCAGUGGCAGCCGGAGCUGAGCGGCCGGCCGCCGCCCGCGCUCACCUCUCGCUCGGCCCGACGCAUGCUGCGCCUGCUGACGGCCCUGCGGCUCGCCGGGUUCGCGCUGCUCGACACCAAACCGUACAAGAGCUGCACGCCGGUGGCCGGCGGCCGGUGCAUACCGUGGAUCUAUGAGACGCUGUGGGUGAACGACUCGGCGCCGCUCGACUAACGCGGCCGGAAAUCGGCAGCGGGAGCGGUGACUCACCUUAUCUUUACCGUCCAAAUCGAGUCAACUGGCGACAGCACCGUCCGAAGCGGUGAACCGAUGUGACAUUGCUAAAGGUGACAGCUGACUUCGAUUCGCGAUUACUGUGACUGUGGACAAUGUUUGUUCUUUGUAUGAUGUCAACGAAUGCUCACCAGUGCAACAGACAUGCACACUGCGCACAAUACCGACGGGAAAAUAAGUAAGGUGGAACGGAUC